CCGAUGAAAAAAAUUAAACAAAUACAAAGAACAUAAAUCAACUUGAAAUAUUUUCGAGCAAGUGAAAGAAGAAACGCAAAGGAUGCCCAAAAUAGCCACAUUAAAGCUGAGCGCAAGUUACGAGAUGGUAAAACUUGAGGAAGAUGGUCAACAGGGAUUACAGAGUGGGCCGCCUGCAGUUUCGCUCAAAUGCCUCCUGGCUCUGGAUCAAUUGGCAUUGCAGCAACAAAUCAAUGCAAAUUUCAUCUUUCAUGCCAUUUCCAACUACCGAAAGACACCAUUCGAGCGCAAAACUCUGGAGUUCAUUGCCAAAAAGUGGCUACAGUUGCAGAUGCUGUGGCGUGAGUUUCGCCAGCGGGAUAAGCAAAUACGACGUGGCUACAAGGAUGCGGAGCCGCAGCAUGGUUACUUUCAGCAGGAGCUGUAUGAGCUGGUCCAUGAGAAAUAUAUGGAGGCACGCGGUCGUUUAAGUCGGGACAAAAGAAAUCUGCUGCUCAAUGGCAAAGCUGGUCAGGUCCAAGACCAGGACAGGGCGCAGGCACAGUCGCAGAAUGUUUACUGAACGAACAAAGACAUUGAAUCAAAUACUCACACACACAUGCGCACACACAGAAUGAGAAAGAGAAAGCGGAAACAAUGUGUAAGAGGAUAUGAACGUGGGAAAACAGAUUCCCUCGAAUGGAAUGGAAUGGUUUGACUAUGUCAACAGAAAAAUGUUGCCAUCAGACGAAAUGGUAUAUCUGUUGAUAUCCGGACAACAUUUGAACAUUCAACAAUUCCAGGCAGGCAAUUGGCAAUUCUCAAUCAUCAAUCUGACUGCCACACUCACAUCUAUAAAUGAUUGAUUACGUGGCCAUUUUAUGCAAUAAUUCGCUUAUCAUAAUCACAUGACGUCCCUCCCCCAGUAACUGGAAUUCCAAAACUCUGAAAUUUUCUUUGCAAGUCAUGAAAGCAAAUUGCCCAGACAAAGAGCAAGUGCGCCCACCCCUUGGUGACCUUUGAAAGUGACUAAAAGUGUCUGCGACCAAAGAAAGAAUCAUUUGAUUAGAUAAGAUAAAAUAUUAUAUCG